AUGGGUAUUCCUAAAUUUUUUAGAUUCAUAUCAGAAAGAUGGCCGUUGAUUUCGCAGUUGAUUGAUGAAAAUCAGAUACCCGAGUUUGACAACUUGUAUCUCGACAUGAAUUCGAUCUUGCACACAUGUACUCAUUCCAACGAUGGUUCGAUAACACGUAUAUCUGAUGACCAAAUGUAUGCUGCAAUUUUCAACUACAUUGACCAUUUAUUCAGCAUAAUUAAGCCGAAAAAGACAUUUUACAUGGCCAUUGAUGGAGUUGCACCUAGAGCCAAGAUGAAUCAGCAGAGAGCCAGAAGAUUUAGAACAGCCUACGAAGCGGAAAUAAACUUGAAAAAGGCCAUUGAAAAUGGGGAUGAGCUUCCUAAGGAAGAUCCGUUUGAUUCUAACUCGAUCACGCCAGGUACAGAAUUUAUGGCCAAAUUGACUGACAACUUGAAAUACUUUGUACAUAAAAAGAUAACGGAAGAUUCACGGUGGGCUAGUAUUGAAAUUGUAUUGAGUGGCCAUGAAGUCCCCGGAGAAGGUGAACACAAGAUUCAAGAAUUUAUUAGAGCUUUGCGGUCUCAAGAUGAUUACGAUCCAAACUUGAGACAUUGUAUUUAUGGAUUGGAUGCGGAUUUGAUUAUGUUGGGACUAGUUAGUCAUGACCCACAUUUUUCGUUGUUACGAGAAGAAGUCACUUUUGGAAACCGCAAGACCUCGUCAGGCCCAAAGGAUGUAACUGACCAAACGUUUUUCCUUUUGCAUUUGUCCUUGUUGAGAGAGUAUUUGUCUUUGGAGUUUAAAGAAGUCGAGGAGCAGGUUAACUUUGAGUAUGACUUUGAGAAAGUUUUGGAUGAUUUCAUUCUCAUUAUGUACGUCAUUGGUAACGAUUUCUUGCCUCACUUGCCUGACUUGCACUUGAAUAAAGGAGCAUUUCCUUUAUUGCUAUCCACUUUCAAGCAAAGCUUACUUCAAUCAGAUGGAUACAUCAACGAGGAUGGUAAAAUUAAUUUAAGGAGAUUGAACAUUUGGAUCCAUCAUUUGGCUGAGUUUGAAUUUGAAAACUUUGAAGAAAGGGAAGUAGAUGUCGAAUGGUUCAACAAGAAGCUUGACGAUGUAUCUAUAUCUGGUGAGAAAAAGAGAAAGAGGAUUGGCAAGUUGUUGAUUUUGAAAGAACAAAAGAAAUUGGUGGGUUAUAUUAAACCUUGGCUCAUGGAGGUGUCGAGUCAACCAGUAAAUGACCUUCUCCAAUUGGCCAAUGACGAGAAAUUACCAUCUUUAAAGUUGAACAAGGAAGAAGUGGAGAAAAACAUGGAAUUUCUCAAGCAGUUUGCAUUGGAAGCUGGGUUCUUGAUUAUCCACUCCAAGUCGGAUGACACCUAUGAUGCCAAGUUGGACAUUGACGGGUUAUCACCAACUGAAUCGGAGGAAGAUUAUGACGAACGUAUAGGUGAAUUGCGGAGGACUGUUAAGUCGUAUCAAGCGGCCAAUUUGGUGGAAAGUCAGGAUGUUCUUGGUGAGACAAAAGAAGUUUAUGAGCAAAAGUUUAGGUCUUGGAAAAACGACUAUUACCUAGAAAAGUUACAUUUCUCUAUCGAUGACAAGGAGAAAUUGACUGAAAUGACUGAGCAUUAUAUUGAAGGGUUGCAAUGGGUUUUGUAUUACUACUACCGUGGUUGCCCUUCUUGGAACUUCUAUUACAAGUAUCACUAUGCCCCUAGGAUUUCUGAUAUUUCCGUUGGAUUAGAAGAGCUCAUCAAGAAAGGGGAAGAUUUGAAAUUUGAGAAAUCGAAACCAUUCAAACCAUUUGAGCAAUUGAUGGCGGUCCUUCCUGCAAGAUCCAAAAAGUUGAUGCCAGCUGUGUAUCGGCCGUUGAUGACGGACGAAAAAUCCCCCAUCAUUGGAUUCUACCCACAUGAGGUUGAUAUUGAUAUGAACGGAAAGACGGCUUCUUGGGAAGCUGUGGUUUUAUUGGAUUUUGUCGAUGAGAAGAAGUUGCUUGAAGCCUUGAAACCUAUUGAGUCCAAGUUGACACCUGAAGAAGCAAAGAGAAAUUCCUAUGGACACAAUGUCAAAUUUAUCAACAAUCCCCAAAUUGACAAGGUUUAUCCUUCUCCUUUACCGGGAUUUUUCCACGAUAUUGAGCAUGACAGAUGCUAUGAGGUAGAGUUUGUUUUGCCACAGGUUACCGAUCCCAAGAUUGGUAAGUUUAAGGAAGCCCGCACUGGAACUGAUCUUCUGGCUGGGUUCCCCACUUUGCAAUCAGUACCGUUUACUUUCGAGUUGGCAUUGAAUGAAGUCAAGGUGUUUAAUUUCUCGUCCAAGUCAGAGUCCAUGAUCUUGAACGUUGAAAAUGUGUGGUCAGACAUGUCUCUGCGCCAAUUUGCUCAGAGCUUUGCUGGAAGGUUGAUCUAUAGUAAUUGGCCAUUUUUAAGAGAAUGCAAAGUGGUGGCAGUUGUUGAUGGUGAGAACAAGUACGAAUCGGUUAGAAAUUCCAAGGGCUUUAAACAUGUCGAAACAACUGAAUUGGACCCUAAUGAAAAGAGGAUUUAUCGCUCAACUUGUAAUAAUUUGGAUUACUUCUGGGACAAGACAAAGGGUGUAAAACUUGGCCCAGUUGAGGUAUUGGUUCAUGUUAAAGCUGUAAAUGGGUUGAUAAGAAACCCUAAAGGGGCAUAUGUCAAAACGUACUCGAAGGACAUUGAAGUUUAUCCAUUACAGUUGAUUGUAAAGGAUGUUACCCACAAGGAUCAGAGGUUUGCAACUAGACCACCGUUGCCAGUUGAAGAAGAAUUUCCACUAAACUCCCAGGUCGUUUUCCUUGGUGAUCUAGGAUACGGAGCCCCCGCACAAGUGGUUGGGUAUUCCGGCGAUAAGUUGAGUAUCAGGGUUUCUAAAAUUUCUUCAGUGGCUGAGCCAAACAUUGGUAAAAGAAGACAAAGUAUUGAAGCGAAACAAAUCAACUAUGUUCCAUCGUUUGAUGUUGCCAAGAAGCUUGGAAUAAAUCCACUUUUGUUGUCGAAAAUUACCAGUCAGUAUAUGAUUCAAGAUGGUAACAAAAAGGUAAAUAUUGGUUUGGAAUUAAAGUUUCAAAGUAAGAGACAAAAGGUGUUGGGCUAUACGAGACAACUGGCAAAUGGGAAAUUUUGGGAAUUUUCUCCCUUGGCAAUUAACUUGAUCCAAACUUAUAAGCAAAAGUUUCCAAGUUUAUUUUCUAAACUUUCCCAUUUGAGGGGAUCUGAUAUUCCUAAUUUGAAGGAUGUGUCAAAUGCAGAAGAGAUUCAGGAGGUUAAAAAGUGGUUGAAGGAAGUCAAGACUGAUUUGAUCCCGGUUUCAUUGGAAAGUCAAUCGUUUACCAAGUUUAGUUUUGCUUCAAUUGAGCAGUAUAUGGAAAAUUACGUCUUGAACCAAGUUCCAUUGAUCAACAAAGAUAUCCGAGGUGUUCCUAGAAACGCGAUCUUGAGUGCCACUGAGUCUUAUCAAUUGUUGAGUGAUCAAAAGUUUGACUUGGGCGAUCGUGUUGAGUACGUGCAGGACUUUGGAAAAGUUCCAAUAAUGUCGAAAGGAACGGUUGCAUCCAUUAUCACUGUUGGUUCAAAGAUUUCAUUGGGUGUCAUUUUUGACGUUCCACAAUUGAGUGGAAACAACAUGAAUGGUAAGCUUCAAACGAACCGUGGUAUCAUGUUGGAUUCAUCGUUGGUUUUGAAUUUGAGUAAUAAGCAAUUUGUUUACCACUCUAAAGCUUCUAAGCAGAGAAGACCAAUGACAGAGGAGGAGAAGGUUGCUCGUAUCAAAGCUGCUCAAGUCAAGAAAUGGACUAAGCCUCAACCGGAGCCACACUCUGGUGAGAAAAGAAGUCCAGCUUUAUCUCAAGAAGCAGCACAGGCUGACAAGAAGGAGGAACAUAAGUCUAAGGGAUCUAAUGAGUUGUUGUCUUUGUUAAGGAAAAAGGAGUCAGAUAAGUCGAAGAAUGAUAAGCAAGCCACAGAAAAGGCAAAGGACACCGUCAAAGAACUGAGAGAAGAAAAGCAAGAACACGCUCAUAACCCACAAGCAGCCAAACAGAUCUACAAUCAGAUUUUCUCAAAUGUUAUGAGUGAAGGUCACCAUCCAGGUAAUGGGGCUCAUAUUCCAAAUGUUCAAAAUGGACCCCAAUAUGGCCAGCCAUUGCCACCUGCACCCUAUGGCUUCCCCACAGGAGCAUUCUACCAACAGCCUUCAUACCCAGCUCCACCAGCUGCAUUUGCGCCUCAUCAAAGUCAUUUUCAACAGGGGGUAAAUGGAUUAAAUGGCGCCCCGGUUGCAAAUGAGUCGACGCAAGGAAGUGCACAGGAAUCAAGAGAACCUAAUGCUAUUGAUAGGUUUUUGAGCAAUGCAAAGAGUUCCGAAGCUAAAGACAAAACGGUCCAAGCAGAAAAGAAAGACAAUUGA